AUGAAGCCGGUCAUCACUCUGACGACCCAAUUCCUGCACAUUCAUGGACUGGAGAGCAAAACGGAACGUCUUCUGCACAAGACGACUGUUUGCGUUAUGAUCGGAAUCGCGUGUCUUCUCAUGGCAAAACCAUUCUUCGGUCAGGCGAUUACUUGCCAGGUUCCAGCCGAUUGGCCCUCUUCAUCCGUCGAUUACUUCCACAAUAUAUGCUACUUUGGGAACCGAUUGAACACGUCAUUCCGGAAAGUUGUCUACCGCGGACCCAAACUCGGAACGUUAAUUUUGAACGAAACAACUGGCCAAUCGGCAUAUUAUAUGGUAAGAAGAAACAGAUAUUUUUCAAUUUCUGGUUCUCAUUUCUCGUACAGUACAUCCCGUACAUCGUAUUAUUCCAAGUGAUGCUCUGUCUCGUCCCCGCUCUUUUCUGGAAGUUUAUCGGACUUAACUUUUUCUACGGACGAGACGUCGAGACUCUGCUGGAGAAGCUCACAAACACCGACAAGGACGCAGAUCUUCUCGAGAAAUCCGACUGGUCGGACAGAAAAAUGGCCCUCCAAGUACAGGAAUGGAUAAGAGUGAAACGGUCAGCGCUUGUGAACCGAUUCGCCGAUAAAUCUGCGAGAAUUGCAGUGAACACACCAUGGGAAUGUCUCGAACUUUGGCGUGUUACGCACUCAUGAAGUGGCUCAGAUUAGCACUUUUUGUCUGGCAAUUCAAUAUGAUCGCCGACUUUUUCGCCGACGGAAAUCGUUUCUGGGGAUUCGAAGUGAAGAAGCCGUCUAGUUCUCACGUUUCAUUUCAGUUUUCAGACAACGUCCGCGAUUUGGUACGGAAAGUUCGUCAACCCGCUGAUAGGAGAGUUCACUUUGGUUACCGGCUGUGAAGUUCAGAGAUUGGUCAGUGAUGGUUGAGAAUUAAACAGGGACAAAAGGCCGGUCCAGACUUUAGCAGAUAAGACCCAAACUUUGAUCGACUCGGUAAAACACAGCAACUUUAGCGCAAACCUUACGCAACUUCAAAGUAUCUUGGGUGCUUUCUUAUGGAAGUUUCGGACCGAUCGGAUUAUUAUCUCUCGAGAUAUGUAGCUGAUAGUUCAAAAAUGCCGUUUUUUUUCCGAAAAAGAGUACGAUCUGUCUGAAAAAUGGACCCAAGAUACUUCAAUGCAAGUCUAAAAAGCCUUCAAAAAGCCGGGCCGGUCUUUUGCCCAGCCCUGAAGUUAUACGAAUUAGUUCAUCUUCAGAGAAUGUCCGUCGCUUCUAAAAUGCCGAAAAAGACGAAAAUGUAUACGGGAGCGAACUCGACGUUUGCGCAGUGCAUUCUCUCAGCGAACUUUCUGAAUUCGAAAGUGUUCCUUUUUCUCUACUGGUGGCUCGUCCUGGUGAUCCUCGUCUGUUUCUGUUCCGCACUCGAAUUCACUCUCAUUCUUUUGUGCCCUCGAUAUCGUCGUUUCACCUUCAAAAGACUUAUUCGAGUGAGUGCAUAUUAAUCGGAAUCUGAAUUCUAAUCCAAUUUUUCAUCCAGAACGAACAGUAUUACAUACUCCGAUGCGGUCUUCCACAUAAGAAUUUGCAUCUCGGAGCGAGAGGACCAAUAGACCAUCUGAUUGAUUAUCUCGGGUUUCAAAUUAAAGUCGACUUGCAAAAUGUUCAUUUGAAUUCAGAAACGACGGCUAUUUGUUUGCCCAAAUCGUCUUUGACAUGCUGCAUUAUCAAAGAUGCAACGGUCUCAUUCACAGCAUCUGGGAACUGAUCAUUGUGCAUGACGGUGAAGAAAUCCCAGAAAAAGAAUGUUCGGAUAAGAAGGAUUCCCAUCAUGAGAAACAUGAAAGAAAUGGACGUUUCACCGCUGGAAAGUUAGAAACGGAUUAGAUACAAAAACGCACAAUAACGUUCAGAAACGCUGAUCACUCGAAGAAGCUGAAAUUGAAGAUACCGAACGCGCCGAUGGAGAAGAUUGAAGAGAGCGAUGAAUACGAGCCGAUCAGUCCGAUCAAUACCGAUUCGUACACGCAGCUACUCGAAAGUCCUACGGUUUGUUCGCAAAAACGGUCUUCACUUCGAUUCCUUUCUUUCUAGCCAUCGAAUUCGAGCAAGGGCUCCGAAGAAGAGCCACUGCUAUCGUUUGAUCGUGAGCUUCCCGAGCAGGAAUCUCAAUAA